UGGCGGAAGCGUAGAAUACUAGAGUAUGGUACUUCCCGAAUAACACCAGUCUAUUACAAUCUUACCGAAAUUACCCCCACUUGCUUCUUAUGUUGUAGCUAGUAAAGUGACUGGAAAUGAGAUAUGGAAGAAGAUCUCAGCGACGCCGUUCCAUGCUCUUCCCUUACCGUUGAUUCCAUCCUUCGUGUCGGAACGGCUGGUGCAAUUUGGGGACUGUGUACAGGUCCACAAGAAGCUCGUAAAAGAAGUCUGACUGGCAUUCGAAGAGUUUCCUUUGUGACAAAAUCAAUUGGUAAAAUUGGCUUUCAAUGUGGACUUGUUGCUGGUGUCUUUACUAGUACCCGCUGUGGAAUUCAGAGAUACCGAAGACAGAAUGAUUGGAUAAAUGCUUUUAUUGCGGGUGGUGUGGCCGGAGCAUUAGCUGCUGCUGGGACACGGAGCUUGACGCAGGUCAUUGGCAUGGCUGGCCUGGUCUCUGCCUUCAGCGCUGCUGCUGACUACUCUAGAACAAACUGAAUAUCUCCUUGCAAAAGUCGGCAGAGGAGUAUUGAGGUGAUUCUCACCCAGUUGCUUCUUUUUGGAUUUAUCAUUAAUCUUCAUGCCUCUCUGUUUGGCUCUCUUUUUUCCUGCCGCUGCUUAUAUUGAAGUUUUCACCUGAGAUACUUGAUGUUGCCCUUAGCUUUAUGGAUACAAAACUAGAUAUAUUAUCCUGCUAGAAGUUGUGACCAGUAUAGACAUUUUUUCAAUUUUUAAUGUAAGAAUUGAAUUCACAUGGUAAAUAAAGCUAAUGCAAGUUUUACUUUGUCA